UAGUAUUAUCUGAGGUAAGAUCAUAUUUCAAUUGAAUAAAAGGUAUGUGAUGUGUUUUCAGAAUAAAAUCAAUUGCUCUGUAUCAUAAAACAAACAUUGAAAAUGAGAAUUUAGCAAAGCAAAACAUGCAAAAAAGAAUAGCAAACUUGUUUUGAUUGGGGCUGCUAACGAGUUGUUCCCAGAAAAUGCAACCCCAAUUUGGCAGCCAGCUCCCGUCAAUAUCCAUUUAUUGUCGGUGAAUAUAUAUAACAAUUAAACUUAAGCUAUAGGUGUAGCUUUUGGCAACUCUUUAUCUAUCUCUAUCAUAAAGAUUAAUGUUUAUACAAUUAAAGAAAAAUAUUAUUAUUAUUAUUAUUAUUAUUAUUAUUAUUAUUAUUUAAAGAAAACCAGAUUCUGGGUUCUAUAUGCUUUGUUUGUUUUGUUUUUUCAGACAUAGUGUGUAAAAUCAUGUAAAAUCUUUGGCAAGACAAGCAGAUCUAAAAGCGUUUGCCUUCUACAUUCAUGUUCAUGGGCACAACAUGAUGGAUGACCAAGAGAACAGCAGACGUUUGAGAUCAGAAGAGAACUUUAAUAUAAAAUCUGACUGCUUAUUCUGCACAAAUUAUGCUAAAUCAAACAAAAAGAAAAGGGGUGGUGAUGUGUGGGAUGUUAAAACUUUAGAUUUUCAAGAUACAAUUAUUCGGAAAUGUAAAGAGAGAAAUGACUUGUGGGGUAUUGCUGUGCUUGGGCGAAUAGAACACAUUAUUAUAUAUGGUUUAAGCAAAGAAGCAGUACUGAAGCUUUUCAGAACCAGUUCCGAAUUUAGACCUGUUAUUGAGAUAUUCAAUGGAGCGGAGCCAGAUAAAAACGAGAUUUCAACUCGUGGUGAGCAGGCAUUGAUUCUUCUCAACAAUGGUAUUCCUUUAGAAGGGCUUGAUAUCCUGAGGUUCCGUAAGUUUACACAAAAGGUAUGCACAAGCAAAACAUCCGUCCAAGUAGAGACAUUACCACCGACCACGGCUGCAUUUUUGUAUCACACACUGCGUACAUAUCUUCAGACUCAGAUAUGGCUUGGAAAUAAUGAACUAAAUCCUGUAGACUGGGGAUGGGAAGUAACUAACAACAAACUAUAUCCAAUAAGGACACAUCUUCUGCCAGCUCCGGAACCUCUACUCAAAGUUGUACGAUGUAAUUGUAGACAGAACUGUGAUUCAAAACGGUGUACGUGUAGGAAACAUGGAUUAGAUUGUUCACAAGGUUGUGGGGCCUGUCGGGGGACCUGCUCGAACUCUUCCGCCCUUAAUGAGAAUGACGAUGAUGUGUCUGAAAACUGAAUAACUGUGAUGGUCAAAGACCGAAAACCUUGUAUUAGUAUUCAUUUGCAUUGUAAGAGGAUUAAGAACAUUGUUAGAAAUCUUUAACUCAUAUGUACGUUGUAAUGGAUUACCGUAUACACAUCAGUUUUGGUUAACUUAUGUUUUUAUUUAACAACCAAACUUGUAUUUUCUUGUAUACUAUAUAAAUACAGUAUAUAUUUGUAUGAGACUGUAUUUCUAUAAAGCUCAAGUAAAACAAAAAUGUGGUGUGUUUAUAUUAUUGUUUUAUGUAAUUCAAUUGCAUUCUAGUAAUUUAUAAGCAUACAAGUGCUUAUUUAAUAUAUUUAUUUUGUAGCUGUAGUUGAAAUAUUUAAGUCUCACUAAUAAUGAUAAAUCUACUCAUAUGUAUGUUAUAAUGCUAUCGUAUUUCAUAACGAAUCAAUUUCGUUACAUACCUACCAAAUCCUGGUUUUGUAAAAAUAACAGUUUCUGUAUUGACCACGUUCAUUUAUAGUCCAUAUACCUUGAUUGUGUAAUAGCCUUUUGACAAACAAAAUGUAACUAAUUUGAAUUGUAGCUUUAAUUUUAGCGACCAAAAUUAUCUAUAUAAUUGACGGUUAUUUGCAGAUAUAUAUGUAUAUGAAUUUCAUUUGAUAUAAAAUCAAAAUGAAGCUUUAAAAAUAAAAUGAACUUUGAAAUCAAUUGGGAACAAGUCUAAAGGAUAUAUAUUUUGUGUACAAUAGAGAUUUUAAUAAUUUAUGUCAUUUUGUAUUUUAAUUAUUGUAAUAUUUCUUUUUGAAAUAGGUGGAGUAAACUAUCUACCCUUUUGUCAUGAAUGUAGUAAAAUGGUUGAAAGUUAGUUUCUUUAUUGUUUAUUAUUACUUUCAAAGAAUAACACUUAGAUACAUCAACUGAAUGAUAUGUUUCAAUGAGUAUCUUAAAAGUAAAAACUUGAGAACGUGUUGUCUUUGCUGA